AUGGCCCCCUCACGCUCCAAGCCCAAGGUUGUCGACGCCGACGCGUCCAUGUCAGAUGCGCCGGAGCCUUCGGCGAACAGACCUGACGAGAUGGAAGUUGACGAUACCCCAGACUUCACCGACUCCGACACAAAUCCCAACACAACUGCUAGCAGCAUCGCCGGCGAUUAUCCCGUAGAUGGCCGCAGGAAGCGCGCCGAAGCAAACCAAUUAAGAAGGAGUAUCUUUGGCAAGAAGCAUGAUGCUCUGGGGGAGUCCAAGGAAGAUGACAGCAUACGGAGAUUUCGCUAUCUUCUGGGCUUGACCGACUUAUUCCGUCAUUUUAUCGAGACAAAUCCCAAUCCCAAGGUCAGGGAGAUCAUGCACGAAAUAGACCGCCAAAACGAAGAGGAAGAGGCAAGGAAAAAGAAGAAGGGUGUCCGUCAGGGCGGCGCUGCCACUGGCCGCGCACGGCGGACCGAGGCUGAGGAGGAUGCCGAGUUGCUCAAGGACGAAAGGCACGGUGGCUCUGCCGAAACGGUCUUUAGGGAAUCACCGGGCUUUGUCCACGGAACCAUGAGAGAUUACCAGAUUGCCGGCUUAAAUUGGCUAAUCUCAUUACAUGAGAACGGUAUUUCGGGCAUCCUCGCAGAUGAAAUGGGCUUAGGCAAAACAUUGCAGACCAUCUCGUUUCUCGGGUAUCUGCGACACAUCAUGGGCAUCAAUGGGCCCCACCUCGUACUUGUUCCCAAAUCUACGCUUGACAACUGGAGGCGAGAGUUUGAAAGAUGGACGCCAGACGUUAACGUGCUGGUUCUUCAGGGCGCCAAGGACGAGCGACAUGCUCUGAUCAACGAGCGGCUGGUGGACGAUGGGUUCGAUGUUUGCAUCACAAGUUAUGAGAUGGUUCUGAGGGAAAAGAGCCACCUGAAAAAGUUUGCUUGGGAAUAUAUCAUCAUUGACGAGGCGCAUCGCAUCAAGAACGAGGAGUCUUCCUUAGCACAGGUUAUCAGACUUUUCAAUUCCCGAAACCGCCUGCUGAUCACGGGAACACCACUGCAAAAUAAUCUACACGAGCUAUGGGCUCUGUUGAACUUUUUGUUACCAGACGUGUUCGGUGAUGCUGAGGCGUUUGACCAAUGGUUCUCAGGCCAAGGUCAAGAUCAAGAGAAAGUUGUUGAGCAACUUCACAAGGUACUUCGACCCUUUCUUCUACGCCGUGUGAAGGCCGACGUUGAAAAGAGUCUGUUGCCCAAAAAGGAAGUCAAUUUGUAUAUUGGCAUGUCAGACAUGCAAGUCAAAUGGUACCAGAAAAUUCUUGAGAAGGAUAUCGAUGCCGUCAACGGUGCUGGUGGGAAGCGGGAAUCGAAGACUCGCCUCCUCAACAUUGUCAUGCAACUACGGAAAUGCUGCAACCACCCAUACCUUUUCGAGGGCGCCGAGCCUGGACCGCCGUAUACAACGGAUGAGCAUCUCGUAUUUAACUCUGGAAAGAUGGCACUGCUUGAUAGGCUCCUUAAAAAGAUGCAGAAGCAGGGCAGCCGUGUCCUGAUUUUCUCGCAAAUGAGUCGCCUGCUCGACAUUCUCGAAGACUAUUGUGUGUUCCGUGAGUACAAGUAUUGCCGUAUCGAUGGGGGCACUGCGCACGAAGACAGAAUCGCGGCCAUUGAUGACUACAACAAAGAGGGGUCAGAUAAAUUUAUUUUCCUGCUAACAACUCGAGCUGGUGGCCUGGGUAUCAAUCUAACGACCGCUGACAUCGUUGUCCUGUAUGACAGCGAUUGGAAUCCCCAAGCAGAUCUUCAAGCUAUGGACCGUGCCCAUCGAAUUGGGCAGACAAAGCAAGUGGUUGUGUAUCGAUUUGUCACAGAGAACGCUAUUGAAGAGAAGGUUCUUGAACGAGCGGCUCAAAAGCUGCGUCUUGAUCAGCUAGUCAUUCAGCAGGGCCGAGCUCACCCUGGCGCCAAGGGACCAGCUGGCAAAGAUGAACUUCUCAGUAUGAUUCAACAUGGAGCUGAGAACGUGUUCCAGAACAAGGGUGCAACUGGUCUUGCGGCGAAAGGUACUGAAUUGAACGAUGAUGACAUCGAAGAGAUUCUAUCAAAGGGCGAAACUCGAACGAAAGAGCUCAAUGCAAAGUAUGAGAAACUGGGAAUUGAUGAUCUACAAAAGUUCACUUCAGAGUCUGCUUACGAGUGGAACGGUGAGAAUUUUAGCGGCAAAAAGAAAGAGAUUGGACUAAACUGGAUUAACCCGGCAAAGCGUGAGCGUAAAGAGCAGUCUUAUUCGGUUGACAAGUUCUACCGGCAAGCGAUUUAUGGAACAACCAAGGCAGAACCUAAGCCGAAAGCACCUCGCGCGCCAAAACAGAUACCUGUUCACGACUAUCAGUUCUACCCUCCUCGCUUGCGAGAAUUACAAGAUCGCGAGACGGCGUAUUACCGUAAAGAGAUAGGCUACAAAGUACCGCUGCCUGAUGGCGAUGAUGACAAUCUGUCCGAACGCGAGGCGGAGCGUGCUUUAGAUCAACAAGAGAUCGAUACUGCCGUCCCCUUGACAGAGGAGGAACAGGAAGAAAAGCAGAAGCUCUCACUUCAAGGCUUUAGCGAUUGGAACCGACGAGAUUAUCAACAAUUCAUCAACGGCUCUGCACGAUACGGUCGUCAUGACUAUGAUAGAAUCGCGGAAGAAAUUGAUAGCAAGACGCCGGCUGAAAUCAAAGCAUACUCAAAAGUGUUCUGGCAACGCUACACCGAAGUUGCUGACUAUACCAAAUCUCUGGGGGUUAUCGAGGCUGGAGAAGAAAGACUGCGCAAGACUGAGCAUCAGCGCAAAAUGCUACGGAAGAAGUUGCAGCAAUAUCGCGUACCUCUGCAACAGAUGAAGAUCAACUACUCUGUCUCAACAACGAAUAAAAAGGUAUACACUGAGGAAGAGGAUAGAUUCUUGCUAGUACUUCUUGAUAAGUAUAGCAUUGACUCAGAUGGAAUUUUUGAACGCAUUCGUGACGAGAUUCGAGAUAGUCCUCUGUUUCGAUUUGAUUGGUUUUUCUUAAGCCGGACGCCCGUCGAGAUUAGCCGUCGCUGUACUACCCUUCUCACUACUAUUGUGAAGGAAUUUGAGGAUGUACAUCCGACGAAAUCGAACGGUGUCAAUGGUAAAGGGAAGAGAGAGCCUGAGGAUGAGGAGAACGACGAAGACAGUAUUCUUGGCAUGGCACCAGCUAAGAAGAAGUCGAAGAGCAGUGUGAAGAACAAAGCCCUAGACAAUGUCAAGGGUACCAGUAAGACCAAGUCUGCGGCUCCCUCUUCGCGGGCUUCCAGCGUCACCUCUACGGCGUCAGCAUCAGCGCCUAAAUCCAAAUCAAAGGGAAAGAAGAAAUAG